AAAAAGAAGUGGGUGAAAAGGGCCGGGGAGCUCAGAGAGCCUGAGCUGAUGGCAGAGCUGUGGAGCGGAGCWGCAUCGCCUCUGCGGAUGUAGCAGAAAGUUUGUAUUUUUGUUUUUCCCGCGGGGACGCGAGCAGAAACCCCCGCUGUGACGCGCCAGCAGGGAGAAGUCCAAAAUGUGGAUGAACUGACAUUUACUUCCACCGAGACCCGAGCUGAUCACUUCACUUGAAAACCGAGAGCUCGUUUGAAAGGAAGGAGGGAAAAGAUGGCCGUUCGUGGCAACUCGCUGAUGCCAUUUUCCAUCCAGGCGAUCCUGAACAAGAAGGACGACCACCGACACUUGCCAGAUGUGGACGUGUGCUUCUCCAAGACGGCGUGCUGGAAAAUAUUCGGGGGCAUGAGCGGAGGAUCGGGGGGAAGUAACAUCAACGACGAUGAUGAUAACGACGAUGAUGAUGAUGGGGAGCCGUGUGAGCAGAAAAGCUACGACUCGGACUCGGGGCUCAGCGACGACACCGAGAGGAAGACUCCGGCGGAGCGCAAAGCGGAGAAGGACGGAGAGCCGGGCUCGGAUGUGCCCGAGGAGAGUCUGCAGGAGGAGACGGACCACGAAUCUGCAGCUGCGGAGAACGUAAAGAGCGACACUGAGCCCAGCAAUGCCACGGACUCCAGCAAUCUGGACGAGAAGAGCCUGGAUCAGCCCAAGCAGCGGAAAAAGCGCUCCAGGGCCGCGUUCUCCCACGCGCAGGUCUUCGAGCUGGAGCGCCGCUUCAACCACCAGCGGUACCUGUCCGGGCCGGAGCGCGCCGACCUGGCGGCCUCCCUGAAGCUCACAGAGACUCAGGUCAAGAUCUGGUUCCAGAACCGUCGCUACAAGACGAAACGCCGGCAGAUGGCCGCCGACCUGAUGGCGUCCACCCCGGCGGCCAAGAAGGUGGCGGUGAAGGUCCUGGUGCGGGACGACCAGAGACAGUACAGCCCGGGAGAGAUCCUGCGGCCCCCGCUGCUCUCCCUGCAGCCCUCCUACUAUUACCCCUACGCUUACUGCCUCCCCGCAUGGACACUGUCUGCGUGUGCGGGGAACCAGUGAGAACCCACCGACUGUAUUUAUUCUUUUUUAUUAUUAUUUCUGCUCCCGGGAACCAAACAAACGUUAUGUUUUUCUGACACGAAGAGGGGACCUGAGGGGGCUGUUAAUCAGCUCUGCGCCUCUGAACAGCUUCACUGUGCAACACGAGGGGUUCACAAACCCCCUUUUUUUUCAUGGGUUCACAAUUCYAAAUAUAUAUAUUAAAAAAAUACUUAUUUUAGUAAGAGUCUGUUUUGAAUGACCCCAGUUUAAAAAAAAACCUGAUUUAGGCUGAAAAGCUGUAAAUGUCUGAGCGGACAGACAGAACCUCCUUAUAAAAGAUCUGUGUGGACUGACAUGGUCAAACAAAAAUAAAAGCAGCCUAUUCCUCUGUUUGCUGGAACCCCCCUCCAGGACCUCUGAGGGCCCCCGGACCCUACUGUGGGACCCAAAUAGACUUAAAAUAACAUCUUGUGUUGGUUCAUAUUUUACAUGCGCCUUUCUACCUCUGCAGUGAUUGGACAAAAAAAUAUAUUCCGUUGACUUUUCCAAAAAAAAAACUCUGUUACAGGUUGUGUGUCUGUGUGUGUGCGUUUUUUAAUUCUUGCUGUGUUUGUAAAAGGUAAGAUAUUUAAGCACUUUUCUGCAUAUUUGUUCCAUUAUUUCUGAGUAAAACGCAUGCAGUGUGGGCAUGUUGGUGUCACAGUGAAAAUUGUUGGCCUCGGAGUGGCACGAAGGAAGCAAGAGGAAACAAACCGACUCCUGGUUGAAAAUUGACCUGUUUGUGUUUUUUUUAUUUUUUUUUUUGGACUGAUUUGAUUGAAUUACAUUAAAAAACAUAUCAGGCAUU